AUGGGGAGCGUCGAAAUGAAGCGAAUCGUUCUGGCUGGGACUGUUCCUCUCUUGUUCAUCGCCCUACUAUCUUUUGUUGUAUUCGAAGACAUUUCUCAGUUUGAGAGUGAUCUUCUUUCGGCCAGUGAGGACUAUCGGAGCACGGCGAGAAAAGUUCUGAAAGAGUACAGAACAUUGGAAACCAUCAGGAGACAAAAGAGGUUUGAUCAAAUCAUAAUCAAGUUGUCGUUUUGAUGUUUAGAGAUUAUUUGGAGCCUAAUAAGUGCUCUUGUUCUACAUCUGUUUCGAAUAAAUGUGCUGCGGGCCCUAAAGGACCUCCUGGAGCAGCAGGAACCGACGGAUUGCCCGGAAUGACAGGGAUGGACGGUUUGGACGGCGAAAACGGACACAGCAAUAUGGAUAUGAGUAGGCGGGGAGUGCGAAAACAAAAAGGAACAUGUGAUUCUAGAAAUGUCCAAUGAUGGUUGCAUUCGAUGUCCUGCGGGUCCUCCGGGUGCCCCUGGUGAUCCCGGAUCUACUGGCGAACCAGGAUAUCCGGGAAAGAGUGGACCGCCCGGAGCUGAUGGAGAAGACGCCGUCGGGCCAGUGGGACCGCCCGGACUGUCAGGACAAGAUGGAAUUGAUGGAGGUCGCGGAGAGCCUGGGAUUGAAGGGAUGGGGGCAAUACGAAUAACGUCAAAACCUGGCAAGAAAGGAAGAAAAGGCGACGAUGGAUGCAAAGGAUCAAAGGGAAGUCCUGGAACAACUGGAAAAGCGGGAGAACCCGGAAGACCUGGAGCAAUCGGAGAGAGCGGAAAAUCAGGACGGAACGGAGAAAAAGGCGCAGACGGGAAGGUGAAUCAAACUGUUUCCGCACGUACUUUCAAAAAUAAUUUACAGGCAGGCCUCCCCGGCAUUCCCGGAAAGGACGGCACGUAUUGUCGUUGUCCGGAACGCAAUCGGUACGAUGUUUAUCCUUGA